AUGGACGCCCAGAGGGCCCAGAGGGCCAGGGACGAACUGCGGCGGCGGCGUAGCCUGCUGCCCUUGAACCCCGCGGUCCCGCUGAGCGGCGAGGGCGACGCCAAGCCGGGAUUUGUCACUGUGCCCGAGAGAAAGGAGAAGCCUCUCCCGAGAUUCAACAUCCACUGUGGAUUCUGGAUCCUGGCUUCCAUUGGGGUCACCUACUAUGCUGAUUUCUUCAAGACCCUCAAAGAAAACUUGUACACCAGUAGUUGGUUUCUGUCUGGUGGUGCCUUGCUGCUGGUCAGUUUUUCGAUUGCAUUUUACUGCAUAGUUUAUCUGGAGUGGUACCGUGGCAUUGAAUAUGACAUGAAGUACCCAGCGCUGGUUCCUGUUACAACUGCCUCUUUCAUCGCAGCAGGAAUCUGCUUCAACGUUGCUUUGUGGCCCGUGUGGUCAUUUUUAACACCGCUGUUGUUAUUUACCCAGUUCAUGGGGGUUAUAAUGUUUAUCUCCCUCCUCGGAUGACUCCGAAAGCUGUGAGGAUGGGCCAACUCCAGUGGCAAGGCCACACACAACAUGCUGAAAGCAAGCUUUGCAGGCAAGGAGGGGAAAGCCACAGGGACUUCUGCAUCUACAGAGAGGUUUUCUUGGAAGAACUGUGACUUUGUAAAUGCAGUGUUGAAAUCAGAAUAAAUGGUGUUUCAUUUGAAUAUUCUUAAA